GACUGUUCCCACAACCAGUUUCAAGCGAGCUCUCGAGCGGUAGAGUCGUCGCCGCCCCACAUAUAGUACCAUAGUAUUAUAGCUCCCCGAACCACUCACUUUCUCCACCCCGCCUUUGGGUACUGUCCAUUACCAUUUCCCACUUCCAAAGUUUCUGUGCAUUCAAGUGCGACUAAAAAUAGUAGCUGUUUCCUUUGACUUGGAUUGUUUUGCUUUGUGUUUUUGCAAAACAACAACUUUAAAGGCAAUUUACAUACGCAAGCGCUGAGAAAGAAAACCGCCAAAAUUGGUUACCUAACGAAAACUUCGUUUGUGCUACGGGACGGCAAACUUAGUUGUUGCGCCAUCAAGAACCUCUGCAUCUUUUCCUAUCCAAAAUCCCUAGCAUCAUCCUCCUUGCAUCAAAUUCCUAUUGGGACUCGUCACCUUUAGACAAAAGAAGACGAUAUGGGCUUCAGUUCGCGAAUGGACUGCUGCGGGCAGUUCGUAAAGUACAGCCUUUUCAUAGCCAACUUUGUGAUAUUCGUGGGUGGAGCCAUUGUCUUCUGCCUUACCCUGUGGACUCUGGUGGAUCGCAGCUUCGUUAACGAGUUGCUCGGGACAAAUCUUUUCUCAGGGGCUGUCUACGUCCUGCUGGUUACAUCGAUCAUCAUUUGCCUGGUGUCCUUUUUGGGCUGUAUAGGUGCUGGAAAAGAGGUCAAGUGUCUACUACUAACGUAUUUCAUAAUAGUGGCUUUAGUUUUCGUCACCAUGCUAAUUGGCGGCGUCUUGGGUUACGUGUUUCGCGAACGAGUUCAGCAGACCAUGCGGCAGGAAAUGCGAUCCACAAUGGCUCUGUACGGCAGCAGGAGGGAGAUCACCCAGGCCUGGGAUUUGACCCAGGAGCGACUGCAGUGUUGCGGAGUGGACACGUGGCACGAUUGGAACAGGUAUGGACCAGUGCCCGAGUCCUGCUGCCAGGAGCUCUUUGGGGGCCAGCGAAAGGAGUGCACCAUCUUCCCAACCAUCACGAAUCUGUACAACCAGGGCUGUCUCUAUGUGACGACCAACUUCAUCAGAGAUCAUGCGGCGGUUAUUGGGGGGACCUCCAUAGCGGUGGCCAUUCUAAUGAUCUUUGGUAUGAUAUUCUCCUGUCUACUGUUCAAUAUGAUCGAAUAGCGCCAAAGAGAAGGGGAAUUCCAUGGCCACGCAGGAAAAUUUGCGACCAAGGUCCGAAGUCCGGAGGAAACCCAUUUUUGAGUUAUAUUAAGAGUAUUAUCCAAAUGUAUGAUUACGUUGGCUCUGCACCAGUCAACUGUCCGUUUGUAUUAUGUAUGUAUAUACGAGUUUAGAAAACUAGUGAGUAUUCGUGAGCGAGAAACUGGAUUGUAUUGUUAUCAUCUGUUUUGUAUUAUUUUUAUAUAAUUCUGUAAAUUUAGUCUUAAGCUCCCGUAAUCAAUAACCCAAUGCAAUUGUUAGAUAUAAGUCAGCUUUUCUAUUGAUUAUAGAGAAUUUAGUUGUCUGUCCAUUGUUGUUUCUAAUAAAAUUAGUAAAAAAAA